GAAGCGCAGAAGAGACGCUGUCAUUGCAUUUACAUUUAGGCAUUCAGCAGACGCUUUUAUCCAAAGCGACUUAAAGAGAAGAAGAUUACUCAUUAUUACUCAUUUUAUUACUCAAGAUUAAUCAUUACUGAAGAUGAGUAAAGUCAGUGUUGAUGUGAAGGCGGACACAAGUUCAGCUGUAAAUGCUCCUGUGGUCACUGGAAACACUAUAACAGGACCCGUGACCUUCAUCUGCAGCUCAAACACUGCAGAGCAGCAAAACUCCACAGAGAAGCUCACACAAGAACAAGAGGCUUUAGGACUGAAAGAGUUUUUGAGAAGUCAUAAGAUCUACAUGAAGGAGAAUUCAAAACGUAUUUUUGAGGGUAUGAAGGAAAAUGAAGCCGAUCUGAAUGAGAUUUACACAGAUGUGUUCAUAACAAAGGGGGAUAUGAAAGAAGUCAACCGUGAACGUGAGAUUCUGAACAUUGAUGAUGCCUUCAAAAACACAACCAAAUCAUCAGAGGACAAACACAUCAAAUGCAAUCUGAUAUUUCAGUCACUGAGAGACAAGAAGAAGAUUAUUCUGACCAAAGGCGUCGCUGGAAUUGGUAAAACAGUCUCUGUGCAGAAGUUCAUUCUGGAUUGGGCCGAGGGAACAGCCAAUCAGGACGUAGACGCCAUGUUUCUGUUUCCAUUCAGAGAGAUGAACCAGAUUGAAGACAAAGUCAGUUUUCAUGAGUUUCUGCUGGAAUUUUAUCCUGAAAUGAAAAGAAAUGUCAUAAAGUUAACAGAGAAAUGUAAUGUGGCGUUUAUCUUUGACGGACUUGAUGAAAGUCGCUUGAGUUUUAAUUUUAAAAGCAGAAAACGGAGUAGUGUUGAGGAAAGAUCAUCUGUAGAUGAAAUGAUUAUAAAUCUGAUCAGAGGAGAUCUGCUUCCAUCAUCUCUCAUCUGGAUCACAUCAAGACCAGCAGCAGCCAAUCAGAUUCUUUCUAAGUUUGUAGGUUUGUUCACUGAGGUGAGAGGAUUCACAGACCAGCAGAAAGAGGAAUACUUCAGAAAGAGAAUCAAAGAUAAGAGUCAAGCUGAUGAAAUGAUCAAACACAUCAAGAGAUCUCGUAGUCUCUACAUCAUGUGUCACAUCCCCGUCUUCUGUUGGAUCACUGCGUCAGUACUUCAUGAUAUUCUCAUCCAGAACCAUGAAGAAAACAUUGACACGACUCUCACUGAGAUGUACAUUCACUUUCUGCUGAUUCAGAUGAACAUGAAGAACCAGAAGUAUGAUGAGGAAGAUGAAGAAGACUAUACAAAGCUCUUAGAAUCCAAUAAAACCACCAUUCUGAAGUUGGCCAAACUGGCGUUUGAGCAGCUGAAGAAAGAGAACAUCAUCUUCUAUGAGAAAGAUCUUAAAGAUUGUGAUAUUGAUGUGAGUAAAGAUUCAGAGUACACAGGAAUGAUCGCUGAGAUCUUCAAGAAAGAAUCUGUUCUUCACAAGACAAAAGUCUUCAGCUUUAUUCAUCUGAGCGUUCAAGAGUUUCUGGCUGCGCUGCACGUCUUCAUCUGCUACAUGACCGACAACAUGAAGGACCUUGAGUUUUUCAUCACACCUGAACAAGACUGCUACAUGACCGACAACAUGAAGGACCUUGAGUUUUUCAUCACACCUGAACAAGACUGCUACAUGACCGACAACAUGAAGGACCUUGAGUUUUUUAUCACACCUGAACAAGACACAAAGAUUUCUCUUCAUGAGAUUCUGAAGAAGGCCAUUGAUAAAGCCACAGAGAGUGAGAGAGGACAUCUGGAUCUGUUUUUACGUUUUCUGAUGGGCCUUUCACUUGAGUCUAGUCAGAAGCUUCUCAAAGGUCUGCUCACACGCACUGAAGACACUAGAGACAGCAUCAGAGAAACAACUCAAUACAUUCAACAGUUACAGGAUCAUUACAACACCUCAGAUGAAGCUUCAGUGAACCUGUUUUACUGUUUACUGGAGAUGAAGGAUCAGUCAUUAUACGAGAGAAUCCAGAAAUACUUACAUCCAGAUGAUUCAGAUUCAGUCAUAGAGCUCUCAGAUUCAAUGUGUACACUGAUGAUCUAUGUGCUGCUCAUGUCAGAGAACGUGCUGGAUGAGUUCAACAUGAACAGAUAUGAUGUAGAGGAUAAGAAGAGACUCGUUCCAGCUGUGAGAUGUUGUAGACGAGCGAUAUUUUCAGGGUCUGAUCUGACUGCUGAGUCCUGUGAAGUUGUGUCUACAGCUCUUCAGUCCUCAAAGUGUCCUCUGAGAGAGCUGGACCUGAGUAACAAUGAUCUGAAGGAUUCAGGAGUGAAGCUGAUCUCUGAUGCUCUCAAGACUCACAACUGUCAACUACACACACUGAGGUUAUCAGGUUGUAUGGUGACAGAUGAAGGUUGUUGUUCUUUGGCUUCAGCUCUGAGUUCACAGUCGUCACACAUGAGAGAGCUGGAUCUGAGCUACAAUCACCCACAACACACAACACUUCAGCUGCUCUCUCACAAACUCAAUGAUCCAAACUACACAAUCAAUGUGAGUCAUGGAGGAGAGGAAAGAAUUAGAGCAGGACUACACAAGUAUGUCUGUGAUCUCACACUGGAUCUAAACACAACAAACAAUGAACUCAAAGUGUCUGAAGAGAACAGAAAGAUCACACGUGUGGAAGAGUGUCAGUCGUAUCCUGAUCAUCCAGACAGAUUUGAUGAGUGUCCUCAAGUGUUGUGUAGAGAGAGUCUGACUGGACGCUGUUACUGGGAGACUGAAUGGAGCGGAUCAAGUGUUGAUAUAUCAGUGUCAUAUAAAAGCAUUGAGAGGAAAGGAGAGAGUAAUGAUUGUGUGUUUGGACGCAAUGUAAAAUCAUGGAGUCUGUGGUGCUAUAAUGACACAUUCACUGCAUUUCACAAUAAGAAUGAAACACUCAUUAGUGUCUCUCCAGGUGUGUGUAAGAGAGCAGGAGUGUAUGUGGACCAGUCGGCCGGCACUCUGUCCUUCUACAGCUUCUCUGACACACACACACUCACACACUUACACACAUACUACACAACAUUCACUGAGCCUCUCUUUGCUGGAUUUGGUGUGUAUGAUGAUGACUGCUCAGUGUGUCUGUGUGACAUAAACAGUCUCUAUAGAGCCUCCUGUUAAACACAAGAGAGACACACACAUAACCACAUGAGUUAUAACACAAAUACUGUCAAAUCUUUCUCUUCUGCUUUCUUUCAUCUGGACAUUAUGAUCUGUGUGUGUGUGUGUGUGUGUGUGUGUGUGUGUGUGCGUGUGUGUGUGUGUGUGUGCACACAUGAACUCGUCUGGCUCUCCAUAAUCAAUCACAUCAAUCAUCUGAACAGCCUAGAAGUAGUCAAGCCCCUCACCUCCAUUCUCUGGUUUCACCACAUCCCUCCUCCACACCACGAGACCGUCUUUACUUCAGCUAGGGGGUCAUGAUAAGGGUCCGGACACACUCUGAGAGCCCUCAACCCCGGGACAGUUCGACAAACACACAUACUGUCUGUCCCACUUCAUUAUCUGUAGGAUGAACUUGUGAAUUCACUGUUUCUCUCUACAGAAAUACAUAGAAAAUAGAGACGAGGACGGAAACAUUGACACAUAAUUCAUUAACAUAAAAUUCCAAUGUAAUAUUAAAUGAUUGACAUUAUUGGUUUAUUACCAUAACUUGUUCUUUGUAAAUUCAUGUUUCUUUGUUAGAAAAUUAAUCAAGUAAUGCUCAUUUAAGCUUAAAACAUGAAUGUAGAUUUGACAUCAAGUGCUGAAUGUGUCUGUAGAAUAAGAAUUCAAUGUCUCAUGUCAUGUUUCUGUCUUCACUGAUCUUCUUUCUCUCCUGUAAGAGGUGAAUGAGUGUCAGUCAAGACUUUUCUUUCAUCUUCUCUCUGAAUAUAUCAACAAAUCAAAUGAUUCUUGACUGCUAUGAGUUGCCUUAUUUACUUUCUAUUACUGCCAAACGUAUUGUUUCUUACAUUCAAUGAUUUACUUGUGUGUGUAUUCUUUGGUUAUAAGAACGUUAUUCAAAAAGUUUUUAGAACGGUUCAUUCUGUUGUUAUAUUAAUGUUCUAAGAAAGUAUUUUUAAACGUUAUUAAAACGUUCCA